UUUAUUUAACUCAUAAUUAUUCUUCGGCGUAAACUUUUCAGUUGAAAAACAAAACAGAAUACAACACAAUAAUAAUGAAUAAUACAAUUACGGACGGAAUUUAUCGAUUUGGAAAAGGCAUCUAUGACCAUGAGCUUUCUGCAGUCAGCGUUUUAAUUUUGACAUUCCUGGCGAAUUUGUUGAUUGUCAAUGCAUUCAGACAGAGAAAAACAAAGCGCUACGCCAACGGACCCUGGGGUUUGCCUAUCAUCGGACAUUUACCUUUUUUCGGACAAAGUCCACCGGAAACGUUCGCGAAAUGGCGAGCGCAAUACGGGGAUGUCUUUCGAAUCAGACUGGGCAGUUGGAACGCCGUUAUUGUGAAUGGGUACAACGCUGUUAAAGAAGCAUCCGAAAAAGACGACGAUUUUUCUGGCAGGCCGGCGUUUGUCACACAAGAUGUUCUCAAGUCUGUCAACGGUGAUGUUUCUUUAGCCUUCGGACCAUUCAAUGACACAUACUUAUACCACCGCAAGUUGACUGCGAUCGCUCUUCGCAUGUUCACAAACAGGGGAGAUAAUUUAACCGAAGAAUUAAUUAUCGAAGAAUCUAACAGACUGGUUGAUACUUUACUGCAAAAAGCUGGCGAAAGUACGGAAAGAAACGUAAAACCCGAUAUCCAAUUUGCAGUUGGUAGUAUAAUAUAUCAAAUUUUAUAUGGACGUGGAAAGCAACUAGAUAUUGAAAAUGAUCUUAAACGAAUGGUUGAAGGAACUAAUGAAUUCACGAAAUUCACAGGAAAUGGAAACCCUUUUGACGUCAUGCCUUGGCUGCAAUACGUUAUGCCUGGACGAGUUAAAGAAUUCAAAUCAAUUCUUUCUGAAGGUGUUGGAAUGCGUUUGCAACAGGUUCAAGAACACUUGGAGACGUAUUCCGAGUCGAACAUUCGCGACGUAGCGGACGCACUCAUUGCUGCAGAUAUUGGUGAGAACGACGCCACGGGUCCGCGAAUCACCAGAUCAAGAAUUCUUACCACUCUGGCUGACUUACAAGGUGCAGGAUUUGAUACGACAAACAAAUCAUUGCAAUGGCUAACGUUGUAUAUGGCGUCAUAUCCGGAAGUACAGGAACGUGUGCAUGAUGAAAUUGAUGACGUCAUAGGAAGUGAAAAGCACAUACGUUACAGCGAUCACAAUAAAUUGGUAUAUACUGAGGCUACAUAUUACGAAGUUAUGCGCAAAGCAGCCAUAGCGCCAUUCGGGCUUCCGAAGUGCGCCACCACCGAUACCACCCUUGAUGGUUUCAACGUUGACAAAAACACCGUCGUGUUCUUCAACCUACAUUCCAUCUCACACGACAAAGUAUUUUGGGGUGACCCUGAGGAGUUUAGACCGGAGCGUUUGAUUACCAAAGACAACACUCUUGAUACAGCAAAAUGCGGUCAUAUUUUACCAUUCGGUCUAGGACGUAGGAAGUGUGUGGGUGAAUUCUUGGCGAAAAAGGAGAUCUUCAUAUUGUUUGCAACACUGAUGCAGAGAUGUAAAAUAGUGAAUCCGGAAGGAGAAACGUAUGACUUGCAAGCUGUGCCGGGCUUGGUGUACUCGCCAAAAGAUUUCAAAGUCUUGGUCCAAGAGCGCUGAAUGGAUAAGCAAGUUUAAAAACGUGUAAAUUGAAGACAAAAUUCGCUCAUGAAAAUGUUUAAAGGAAUUAUAAUAUGAUUGAGAUGAACGUCUUGUUAUAGAUCUGAGUAGGAGCAGUAGUAUACAUAUGUUGUUCAUCAGCAUAUUAUGCAUGUGCAUUAUUGCUAUAUGACCAGCGUUGUGAAUCAUGCUGUAUUACAAUUGACG